ACGUUUUCUUGAAAACCAGAUCUCCCCAUUUCACCAUCGCUCUCCAUUUACCUUCAUUUGAUUUACUUUCUAUUUCAAUGUCCGUUAAUCAAAUUCGAACUGAGAUUCGAAACUCUCUUUUGAUUCAAAUGUCGGUUAUUCUUAGAUGAAUUUUCCGUAUGUGCCAAUUCGAAGCAAAAAAUUGAAGUUUAUUUUUACCAAGUUGAGAAACGCUGUGAUCUUUCAUGGCAUCUUCAAGCAAAGCCAAUCUAGCUGAGCAAGAUGAAGGAGAGGAAGCAGAGGAAAUUGAACACUUCAAUGAUUUCACUCUGGCUUCUUCAUGGGAAAGGUUCAUAUCUGAAAUAGAGGCUACCUGUCGGCAGUGGUUAGCUGAUGGUCCAAAGCGUUUGCUGGAAAAGGGAGCAGUUCAUCUGGACUCAUCUGAUAACAUAUAUAAGGUCAAAUCUGAGUUAAAAAAUGCUGCAAAAAUCUAUUCCAUGGAGUACUACUUUGAAAUCAGCGGCAAAAUUGCUGACUGGAAUUGCACUUUGCAUGAUUUGCAGCUUUGCUUUGGAGUAAAAGAAUUCUUGGUGAUUUCACCUCAAAGUGCCAGCGGUGUGGUACUUGAUGCGCCAGAGGCAACCAAGCUUCUAAGUGCAGUUUCAAUUGCUUUAGCAAAUUGUUCAAGUCUGUGGCCAGCUUUUGUCCCUGUCCAUGACCCUUCUAGAAAAGCAUUUAUUGGAAUACAAAACAUGGGAACAAUUUUUACGAGACGGUUUGAGGCAGAUCGUAUUGGUAGCCAGGUUCCUAUAAAGUUCAUGCAUCUGGAAGGACUGUAUGAGUUGUUUGUUUCUAAGUUUGCUUACUGCAUGUCAGACCAUUCAAUGCAUCUUUUCAGAGUACAUCUUUUAAUGAAACUCACCUAUCAAACACUUCCGAAUGAUGAGGACAAUUACGAUGAUAUCCAAGAGGUUGAUACCGAAAAUGCCAAAUCUGAAACAAGUCCAGGCUAUGAUAAUCCCAAUAGGAAGCAUUGGGAUGAUGAUUGCCCUUGGAAUGAGUGGUAUUCCGCUGAAGAUCCAGUAAUGGGAUUUGAUUUAGUGGUCACUUGGUCAGAAAAGGUGGUUGAAAGCUCCUUGGAAAUGGCUGAAAUGGAAAAUGCUUCACCCCACGAAGCUGAGAAGUGGAUCUUAGCUCCAAAUUUGUACCCCAAUCUUGAUAGUUCAAAAGGAGACAGAAUUGGAUUUGCUUCCCAGUUGCAUCUUUUGGUUAAUGCAUUGGAGAUGUCAUUUGAAGCUCCAUUUAUAGAGGAUUUUGUGUCAGUUGAAAAUCCUGGUUCAGACAAUUUGGAGUCUACUAUGGUUAUACCGCCACCAACCGUCCUUGACCGUGUGCUUAAAGAUCUCUUUCUUGAGGAUCCCCAGUUACCUGAUUUUGCUAAAGAUGAACAUAAGAGUUCUCGAGCUAUUAAAGGAGCACCUGUUGAGUCUCUUUUUGCGCAGUUUUGUUUACACUCGCUAUGGUUUGGCAAUUGUAACAUACGUGCCAUUUCUGUGCUCUGGAUAGAGUUUGUUCGAGAAAUUCGCUGGCAUUGGGAAGAGUCACAGCCAUUGCCUAAAAUUCCAGCCAAUGGUUCAAUUGACCUAGCAACUUGUUUGAUCAACCAGAAGCUACAAAUGCUUGGAAUAUGCAUUGGGAAGAAGCGUGAACUAAAUGAAGAAUUUGAAGACUGUAUUGGAACUAAAGAUAAUGCAUCUGCAAAUAUGGAGAAAAUGCAGGAAGUAAAUAAAGUUGGAGAUGAGUCUUCUAGUUUUCAUGCUCAGAGUCAAGCCUUUGAUGAGAAACGUGACAGUCUCUUGACUCCCGAAGGUUUUAAUGGAUCUAAAACAGUUGAAUCAAAGUUAAGUGCAAAUGCUCAAGAUGUGCAUUCUGCUGAUAAAAGCACUUUGGAUUCUAUUAGGAGAGGUUCAGCUGGUCCUGUGGGAUCUAUGAAGCUUCUGAAAUUGUGUCAGAGCUUGCAUGCUCCUUUUACGCAGAGUGCACCACUCAUGACAGAAGACAUGCAUGAAGAACGACUCCAUGCUAUUGAGACCUUUGGUUUUUCAUUUAACUUUUCUGCGCAGUUGGAGAGAGAGACAUUAUCUUCAGACAUGUCAGCUUUUAAAGCUGCAAAUCCUGGUGCUGUUUUCGAAGAUUUUAUCCGGUGGUAUUCACCUAGAGAUUGGGAGAAUGACAAAAGUGAGGCAAAAGGUCCAUCCACAGAUCUUACAGAGGGUAUGAAUGUUGACUGGCCUCCUCAAGGAAGGCUUUCACGGCGGAUGUCUGAAAGUGGGAACUUUUGGCGAAAGAUUUGGGAUGAGGCUCCUAUUUUGCCAGCUUCUGAGCAGAAACCACUACUGGAUCCAAACCGAGAAGGAGAGAAGAUCCUUCAUUACCUGGAAACUAUGCAACCCCAUCAGUUGCUUGAGCAAAUGGUCUGUACUGCAUUCAGAGCGUCAGCUGACACUCUAAACCAAACAAAUUAUGGAAGCUUGAAGGAGAUGGACACGAAAAUGGACCAACUGUACCUUACUAUGGCAUCUACGUUAAGGCCUUUGCAAGUGAACCUAUUAUCUAACACCAGUGACACUAUUGAAGACCUCCAACGGCUUUGUGUUGUCUUUGAACAUGUCGAGAAGUUGUUAAUACUUGCAGCUUCCCUUCAUCGUAGAUUUAGACAAGUGCCACGAAUCUCGGAAGCCAUUUUCAGUAACUACUACAACUUUUACCUUCCAACCAUGGGAAUUGGCUUAGCUGAUACUCAGAAGGAAUUUGACAUGAAGCUGCAACUAAGUCAGAAUGAGAGACAAGUUGUGUCAAAUAUGUUCACGCCACCAACUGCUAAUCAGUCAUGGAGAAAAGUUUUAAGCAUGGGCAAUCAUCUGAACGGCCAUGAACCAAUCCUCAGGGAGAUCAUCUUCUCAAUGCACGAUAAUGCCAGUGACAAUCACUACGCAAGCGGCAGCCCCAGGGAUUAUCAACAGGAUACAGAAACAUAUCGGAUGUAUACAUGCGGAACCUCGAAUGAUCUUCGGGGUCUACUUUCACCCCUUAGAAUGUUGGCAAUUGAAUGUCACUGACCAUAGGAUAUAUUGCCUGGCAUAGUAGGCUAUUUCUUUUGCUUUGGAAGGUAUACAUACGUUUGUAUAGGCAGUGCAUCUCUAGAAUCUAGAUGAAAUAAAAGGGCAAAAUUUGCUGUCA